AUGAAGUUCCUCCUGGUAAACAGAGGCAUACAGAUGUUCUUUACAUGUGGAAAAGAGGAGAGCAGUGGCACGUCUCUCAAUUCUGGUCUUUACAGCUGUGCGGACGCAAUGGAAGUUGUUGUGACAGAGGAGAAGAAGAAAAUCUUCCGUGCGAGGAAAACCAUGAAGAUCAGUGAUCGACUGCAACUCGAGAGCCUUCACAGCACUUUGCUGACAACGACUCCUAGUUUGUCCAACCCGUCUCCACCGCCUCUGGUGAACGGCACGCAUAAAGAGGAUGGACAAAAAGUGGGUGACAAAGAGCAAAACAACAUCUCUGACUCCAACUCCCCCCCUGCGGCGUCACCUGUCUCAGCGACCUCCCUUAGCUCUCCCGCUCCUUUCCUGUCCCUGAAUUUGUCCCCUUCCCCAGCCUCCUCACAAAGCCCCAAGGCACAGGAAGAAACUUCCUCUCCCUCUUCACCAUUCCAGCCUGUGUUCUUUGAUCUGAAGAAGAUGGAUGACGAGGAAAAGAGAGGCUCUUCACCAUCCUCACCAAACGAGCCUAUUACGUCAGCUGAUUGUAGGGUCCGACUGGAGGAGGACAGCGAGGAGAUAUUGGUCAUGGAAAAGAAUAAGGAGAAACAAACGACAAAAGACCCAGCGUUGGAUUUGACAAAGGAUUCUCUGGAAGGUUUGGCUUCCUCCUCACCUGUGCCACCUACAGGCUCUGACUUUGAAUGCAAAGAGCUGAUGGAUGCAGAAAGUAACACUACAAAGGCCAGAAAACCAGAGGCCUCCACAUCGAAAACGAAAGACAGUAAACCUUCUUCGCCAAAGGACGCUACUUCCGAUUCCUCCAAAAGCCCAUCGACAUCUCAGUCGGCCUCUGGUGCAAAUGAAAGGAAUGCAACGGAAGUGAAAAAGGGGGACGCCAAAGCUGAAAAGGAUGACAAGGUCGAUGCAAAGAAAGCAUCAAAAAAAGAGGAAAAGAUGGAAGUGGACUCAGUGAAAGUGGAGCUCAAAAAGAAGAAAAGCGAACAUGGACAAACGGCUAAACUAACGCGACCGUCAUCCACUCCACCUUCAAACACAGCUCAAGCGGAGAAGGGUUCGACCUCAGGACUAAAACGCACUUUAUCAGAGGGGGAAAAAGAUGGACUGAGUGUGAAAAGGGAAGGGAAGAGGCCCAAGGUGGACCACGAGGAGCUGGAGGCCCAACUGGAAUUUAAAAUCACAGCAAAAGCCGGUAGUCACCAUAAACUUGAAAAGAUUGUGCAGCAGCUUGUGGAUGAACGGCUAAAGAUCUUGGAGCUGACCAUUUUUGAGCAACACUUCCAGGAGCUGAAGGACAGAGUUGACAAAAUCAACUGUGCCACUAAACACCAAACCGCCAUAAACACACUCCAAAGCAAGAUAUCCCGACUAGCUAAAAAGUUCGGAGAGGCUAACCAGGCGUCCGAAAACAAGAGAAAGCAGGAGGCACUCGCUGCUGUCGCUGUCGCCGCCGCCGCUGCCAAGACUGCAACUACCGCCAGCAACCCUCAAGCCCAGCGGCCCGUCCGGACUUCCAUUGAAGGAAAGCAGGUUCCAGCUGUUUCUUCUUCCAGCCCAACUGUUGGUCCGGCCCCAGCCUCUUUGCCUGCCACUGCUGCAGCUGCACCCUCAACUUCCACCUCCACGACUAUGGUUCCACAGGGCUCCAUCUUUCAGCUCAUCACAUCCACCUCUAAUGCUUCCUCCACGCUGGCCACCGCCAUCACUACUCAAAGCCAGCCGGGCACUCUGGUGCUGAAAACAACUCCCGGGAGCGGCAUGAUGGCAACAGGCCAGCCACUUGUCAUCCAGCUGCCUCUGUCGGUGAAUGGCCAGACGGGGACGCUGGUCAACUUCCCCGUCUCCUCGCUGUCCGCGGCAGGCUCACUCAGCAAGGGCAAAACGUCAUCCUCCACCACCACAUUUAUACUCAAGUCUCCUCCUGUGACCAACACGGCGACAGCCUCCACCCCAGCUGCCGCCACUCUGCCAGCAAUUCAGGCCUCCACCAGCCAGGUGGCCCCUACGCAGAUCUCUCUGCCCCGGGCUGUGUACCAAGGAGGUGCGGGGGGAAUAACCACACCCAAUGCUGGCGUUUCGGUGACCACAGCAAGGACACCAGCCCAGUCAGUCUCAGUUGUUGGUGCCAUGUCUUCAGCCUUGACACCUGCAACUUCUGGGCCAGCAGCAACAGGUUCCACUGCUCCAGGACCCCCUCAAGGCACCUCUCUAACAUCGAAGACAGUGACAGGUGUGAAGAGUGCCACCGCAGCUUCUACUCCCACCCCUGCCCUGCGCGCUAACCCAGUUAGCAGCAUCCCCAACAGUGCUGGCACAAGGUCAUCUCCAAAGAUCAUUCAGAACCCCUCCGGCAAUCCUCAGAUCACGGUGCAUCACCGCCCCCCACUGGACUCCCCGCUGAAAUCCCGCACCGUAACCACCACGACACCGACCCGGGGCUCCAACGUGGCGCUCCCGCCUCUCCCUGCUGCCCCGGUGCCGCCACGUUUACCGCCAGAGGCUGAGCGGACCUCCCCUCCUCAGCAGCUCCAGCUGAAGCUGGUUCCAGGUCAGACGGGAAUAGUUCUGUCCUGGAGCGUGGCAGAAACCGAUCGGACCUGUGCCACUGUGGAGAGCUAUCACCUUUAUGCCUUCCAUCAAGACAACUCGAGCAGCAACGCAGGCCAACAGCACUGGAAGAAGAUCGGGGAGGUGAAUGCCCUUCCCUUACCUAUGGCCUGUACGCUGACGCAGUUCCAGUCGGGCUCCACCUACCAUUUUGCUGUCCGAGCCAAAGACAUUUACGGGCGCUUUGGCUCCUUCUGCGAACCUCAGUGCACAAAUGUUAUCAGUUCCAGCUCAAACUGAAUCAUUAAGGAGCAAAGACUGUUUGUUUUUUUGCCUUUGAAAGUUUAUGACUUUUUUUUAAACUUUCUCUUCUGUUCGAAACUCGUACAUUGUAUGCAGAACACAUACAGCAACUGUAAAUAUAUCUACACAUAAAAACUGGACUACUGGCUGAUUUGAAUCGAAGCAGCAAACUCUUGGAUUUGUCUGGUCCGUUGUAUGUGAUGUAUUACUUUGUGACUUAAGCUGUUGUGUAUAUCACUGAAUUAUUUUGCCCCUCUGCAAGGUCAGCUAUUUAUGUUCAAUCCUGCUAGUCAAACCCAAAUCUUUUUUUCUUUUUUUAAUCCUUUUUAUGAGGAAAAGUGACAGGAUUAUUCAUGUAAACUCAAUUGCACAAAAAUGUAUACUUGUGUGGUAGAAACAGAAUAACUUUUGUAAGUUUUGUCUGGCAACCAGACUUUGAUGAACAUAAUAAAAUGUUUUAUGGAAGUAAAGGCUUCCCUUAGCCCUUUCAUAUCAUGAUAGCAGAGAAUGCAGACUUGUUUAAGUUCCAGGUUAUACCAAACCAAAUAGCGAUAAGGCCAAUAAGAAAUUAUUUACUAUAGGACUGAAUGCUUUUUAUAUCACUUUGGAUCCAAAAUGCUGCUUCUUUUUGUACCUGACUUCCAUUUGUGGAACAAUGAAGUUCCAGUUUCUAACGACUAACCAUCCUUCAGCUGUUUCAGGCUGAAUAAAGUCAGAAAAAGUCUGGAGGAAUCAUUUGCAGCUUCAGUUGCUCAUGUAAAGAACAGAAAAUGUUUAUUUUUUCUACUUUGCCUACAUCAAUAACAUCAGAGUUAAUUAAAAUAGAAAAACAAAGUGCCCAUCUUCACGUGUGAUGACUUAAAUUUUAUCAUUAUUCUUAAAUUUUAUAUUUGAUUUAAUUUUACCCAAAUGAA